GCAGGUGUGUGAUAUUUGUUGGAGGCCGAGGAGUCGACCAUUACUGCAGCAGCAGCAGCCGGUGCUAUAGUUCACAAUGUUCCGUUUAGCACUUACUAGGCUCUCCCAAGUGGCCAGGACCUCCACGCUGGAGGCUACACUACCUGCAGUAACUGUCGGCCGCAGCAUGUCCAAGCAUUCAACAGAAACAGAUGAGGAACUGGAUGCUAGAUAUGAAGCUUACUUUUCAAGGUCUGAUAUUGAUGGCUGGGAGAUUCGGAAGGCUAUGAAUGACUUGUGUGGUAUGGAUUUGGUACCAGAGCCCAAGAUUGUCAUAGCUGCCUUGAAGGCCUGCAGGCGCAACAAUGAUUUUGCUCUAGCUGUACGCUUUUUGGAGGCAGUCAGGGAAAAAUGUGGUAGGAAAGAAAAGGCUAUUUACCCAUACAUUCUUCAGGAGAUCAACCCGACCCUACAGGAGCUGGGUAUCAGUACACCAGAAGAACUGGGAUAUGACAAACCUGAACUCGCCCUUGCUAGUGUAUAUGAUUAAAUUAACUACCCAAGUUGACUAAUUGAUGAAAUACAUGUAUAGUGCAGUGAGGAUCUGGAGCCUGACAGUUCUGAGGAAUGUUUUGGUUUGGUACUGACCUAGAUCACUCGCAGUCACCCACAAGAUGUAUUAUAAAUAAUAUUUAAAGUGCAGUUUCCAUUGUACUAGGGAAUCCUUCAGUGUUUUGUGAUUUGUACAGAGGGCAAAGAUUCCUUUAAUUUAAUUCAGUUCUCAAAUAUAUGAUGUACAGAAGAAA